UGUGGUGUUUGCGCGGACUGCCCAUGUGUUGUGUCGGAUCUGAACUUCCUCGUCCUGCAGAAGAAGGAGGAUAGAGGCGUGACGUCGCUGCCCGCAGAGAGGCCCGUAGCACGGCGGGAGGAGAGAGGCAGAGAGAGGCUGCUGCAGAGCGCAGGAGCAAGCCAGGACAACGAGCCACCGGCAGACAGGGAAACUUUACCGAGACGGAGCACACAGCCAUAAUGCGGAGCUGAUGUGACCGAACAACAGCCAGAGGAAGCAGGGAGGAAGCGGCGGACACCAGCACUACCUCUCCACGGUAGCCUCGCCUCGUCGCGGCAGUCUGUCUGUCUGGAGGUGGGGACAUGUCCUCGCUAACCGUGGAGGAGGACCAGAAAUGGUUACCGACACACGUCCAGGUGACGGUGAUGAGAGGCAGAGGCUUACGGGGCAAGGGCAAACACGGCACCAGCGACGUGUACACCAUCAUCCAGCUGGGGAAGGAGAAAUACUCGACCGGCGUGGUGGAGAAGACCACCGAGCCGGAGUGGAGGGAGGAGUGCUCGUUUGAGCUGCAGCCCGGCGUGCUGGAGAGCGGCGGGCGGUGCGACUAUCCAUCCGGGAGCAACGAGCUGGUCCUCACCGUCAUGCACCGAGCACUUAUCGGGCCGGACGUGUUCCUCGGACAGGCGGUCAUCCAUCUGGAUAAGCUGUUUCAUGAGACCAGAUGUGUGAAGAACGAGUGGUACAGGCUCAACUCUAAAACAGGGAAGAAGGAGAAAGAGCGAGGAGACAUCCAGGUCACUGUCCAGUUCACCAGAAACAACCUGACUGCGAGCAUGUAUGACCUCGUCAUGAAGGACAAGAGCGCCUCCACCUUCACUAAACUAAAGGAGCGAAUGAGAGGGAAGAGGAGAUCCAGCGACGAGGACUCCUCCUCGGCCGUCCUGCCCGGUGGUUACGGGUCUCUCUACCGGAUGAGGCAUCGGCUGCCUAGCGACGGGGGAGGGGAGGAGGAUUACGAGGAUGACGAGGGGGGAGAAGUGCGGAGGAGCAAGAUGAGGACCUUCUUCUUAAGAGGGAAACUGAGGAAAUCAUCAGACACUCGCUCCAGCACAUCACUGGGCUCAGAGAGCAGCGAGUCUUCAUCUAGAGGGGGGAGUCUCAGCCCCACAGCCGGGAUCAGUGUGGUGGUCUCUGAUCUCUCUAAUUCGCCCAGUAACAGCAGCAACCUGACCGCCGACAACAGCCCAGAGCACACGGCAAACACGUCGCCCAAGUCGUCCUCUCUCCAAUGUGAGUUUGGUGAUGAGGCCGGUGAGAUCACCAUCGCAGUGCCUCAACACACUGUGUGCGUUAACGGAAGCCAUGCUUACGACGUCCAGCCCCUGGACCCAGGCUCAGGAAAACCUGUGGAUUCUUUAGGCCUGGGACUGCUGCAGAAGUCUUUGCCUCUGUCCAUGUCCCUGCAGAACCUUAGCCCACACACGUCUUCUUCGACCCUCCCCAAAGGCCCCGUGGGAGACGGCCGCCGCUGGUCCUUCGACAAGCCCGGCGAGGAGGAGAAGGCUGCCAUAGCGGCGGCUCUGGAGAAAAGUGGCCCCAUGCUGCCAGAUGAAGAGGAACAGUUGGGACAGGCUGUGCUGCACAAAGAAGCUGCGUCCUCCUCCUCCUCGUCUACGGCGGAGUUGGAGAGUCAGGGGAAAAAGCAGAGGAGGAACUUGUUCUCUCACGGGAGGAGCGAGUCAGCGGGGAAAGGGCAGAGUCAGGCCAAGGAUGAGUCUGAACACGCACCCGCCGCCACUGAGGAGAAACACAGGGGAUGGUUUGGAUCGAAGGACUCGCACAGCAAACCCAGCCUGGUGGUGUCACCUAAACUAGAGCCCAGCACUGACCCACACCCACCACCCCUCCCAGCUAGACCCCAUCCCCCGGGUCCCCCCAUAGAUCCAGCCUCUCUGGUUACUUCACUACAUCACACUAACCCCUUCUGUCACUCACAGUCCGCCUCACCUCCCAUGUCCCCGUGUAAUCCUUUCUUUCCUCUCGUCCAGCACAACCCUUUUUUCGAAGACAUGCUAACCGCUAAUCCCCUAAAAUCUUCGCUGCCUCCUCUGCCCUAUCUUUCCAGUUCCAGGCCCCCCAUAAGUCAGCUUUUUCCGACUAACCCGCAGGACUCGGUGGCUGGUACGGAUCCAAAGAGCAAAGUGAUGGCGAAAGUUGAGAAACGGCCUCUUCCUCCGCUCCCAACAGAAGGGGAGAAACCUUUAAACAAGAAGUCAGCCAACCCUUUUACGGCUGCAGGAGAGCUGGAUUCAGAGUGGGACGAAUCCUUUGAAGCGUUUGCAGCUGGCAGGCUGCAGUCUCCUGAGGAUCUGACCACAGAUUGCAAAACACAGCAGAACACUCCCAGUGACCAUCCACUGGAACGCUGCAAUAAUAAAGGAGCACUGCUUCCCAUAACGGAUGCUGAUCAAAACACAAAUGUGAAUGAAGUGCUUCAUCAUCAACCUUGCACAGAAUUUGUAUUCGAAGCACAUAAAGCCAUCCACCAGGUGGCAAACACUAACACUUAUCACUUUGACACAUUUGCACAAUUCCUCGAAACAAUCCCAGAGCACACAAGCUUCGAGAGUGAAAACCUAACUUUAAAUACUCCUGAUAACUCACCGAAACUGGCUGUUUGCACUGAGACUAAUGAAGCUAACACCACUACUAACACAGCUGAUUUAACAAACACUAGUUUGCAUCCAAUUCUCUGUCAUGCCUCGUCAGUGAAGGCCGUCAGCAGCUCCCCAGACCCCAGCUCUUCAGGCCUCGGCAGUUCAGCAGAAGAGGAUUUCCUCUCCUGUAUCUCGUCUUACUCAGACAAAUUCUCAGCGUCGUCCUCCUCUGAGGAAGCUGAGGCACAAAACCUCGAAAGCAGCAUCCUUAGCUUUGGGAAAUCCUCUGAGUCAGCAGUGUUGAAGCCUUUAAAGCCCUCAGAGUCUGAAGAUGACAUUGCUGACAGGUCUGGUGAUCUGUCUUUAGUUGAAGUUGCCCAGAAGACUAUUAUUCAGGACAUGGAUGGUAAUACAACCAAAGAUAUGAUUGGUUUGGACAGGUUAUUGGAGCCACAUUCCCCUGUCACUGCAAACCAGACUGAGAGGGAAGAUAGCGAGGCAUCCAAAUUCCCAGAGCAAAAAUCCAACAUCACUUUACAGUCCGACAAUGAAAACAUAGAGAAACUGUUUAGUGAUUUAAAUGAGGAUGUCCCAAAUCUCUUGCAUGAUCCUCCUGACCUUCUUCACAUAAAGACAUCAAUGACUCCAGAUCAAGAUCUACGCUCAACCCAACCAACGGUACACAUCAUAACCUCCUCCCCGGCUCUGAGUUCCUCAGAUCCAACCAUUGAGAGCACCUCUUCGGAAGGCCGGGAUGCUAACCAGCGAUCUCCCAUACCCUUUGGCCUCCUUGGUGAUCUCCUAAACACUAGUAGCAUAGCACCAAGUCCAAGUAAAAGCUUUGACGAAACGCUGUUGCACACGCCGAUGUCCAAUAACAGCAGCGGCAGCUUUCUCCAAAGCCUUUAUGUCAGCACCGACUCUCAGGCCUACCAAACCUGCAUGUCUGGCCCAUCACCAAAGAACUCCAGCAGGUCGGAAACAAAUGAGACUCUAGACUCUUUGAAUUUGACGCUCUGUGGGGAGCUGAAUGAAAGUCAGGUGACUGUUGGAGGUUUUUCAGUUCUCCAAAGGGAGUCAACUAAUGCAUGCAAGCCAACUUGCAAAGAAAUGAGCCAGCAGAGGCAAUCCAGAGAGGGAAUCAGUCAAGGGAAUGAAGCGCAAGAAGAAAUCAGCCAGGAAAAAGACCGAUUUGGAAGAGAUUUUAGCCACAAGAACCAACCUUUGGGAGAAAUCAGUCAAGACAACCAAAAGAACCAAUCAUUAGAAGAAGAAACCAGCCAAAGGAACCCAUCUAGCAAAGAAAUCCUACAAGAGAACCAAUCCAUAGAAGAAAUCAUACAUUAUAGGGAAGAAAUCAGGCACAGCAACCAAUCUAAAGGAGAAUCAAGCCAGGAGAACCAAUAUAGAGAAGAAACCUGCCAGAAAAAACAAUCUAGCAAAGAAAUACCUCAAGAGAACCAGUCUUACAGAGAGACCAUCCAGUACGGUAAAGAAAUUUGCCACCUUACCCAAUCACGAGGACAAACGACCAUGAGAGACCAAUCCAAAGAAGAAAUCAUCCAAGAGAACCAAUCUAUGGUACAAAUAAGCCAAGACAACCAAUAUAGAGAGCAAAUCUGCCAAAUGAACCAACCUAUAGGAAGCCACAUCAGCCAACAGAACCAAUCAGGAGAAAGCCAAAUCAGCCAAAAGGGCUCAUCCGGCAAAGAAAUCAGCCAAGGUGACCAAUCCAGAAAAGAAAUCAGCCAAAACAUCCAAUUCAGUGGAGAAAUCUACCAAUUGGACCAAUCUAGAGAAGAAACCAGCAAGAAAAUCCAAUCUAGAGAAGAAAUUUGCCAAAAGAACCAACCUAGAGGGGAAGAAAUCAGCCAACACUUCCAGUGUAGCAAAGAAAUUUGUCAGAGGAACCACAGUAGAGGUCAAGAAAAUAGCCAUAAGAACCAAUCUGGCAAAGAAAUCAACCAAAAGAACCAAUCUAUUGAAGAAAUUGGCCAACAGACUCUGUUUGGUGAAGCAAUCUGCCAGUUGGACCAAUCUAGAGGAGAAACCAACCAGAAGAACCAUGAUGAUGGUGAAAUCUGCCAAAAGAACCGGUCACCUAGUGAAGAAUUCUUUCAAGAGGACCAGUUUUACAAAUCCUUCCCUACAACAUUGGACAAGACAGCAACUCAUAACUCAACUUUUACUAUGAGAGAUGACUUUGGUUUGGAUGUUUUCCCUGCAAUAUGCACAGACUGUAACAUAAGUAAUAAUCUGAGACAGCACACUGUAGAAGGUGGGGAAAGUCAGCAAGUCAUAUUUGCUGAUGCAUUCUUGAACUGCCCUCAAGCACAAGGUGCUACGCUACAUCGCUCCCACUCUGAGGGCACCCUGACCCCCGCCUUUGAAGAGCUCCUCCUGCCCUCCUUUGGGAGCGAUCCUGGUGCGAUACAGGACUCCUCUUCAUCUCGCUCCAGCCCUGAACUCCCUUCUUUGACCUCCUUUCCUCCCUCUUUAACUCCUGAACGUAGUAUCUCCCCAGUAGCGUUCUCUUCCCUCCCUUUUCUUGCUGAUGCCGCGGCGAGUUCACCUCCCAGCGCGGCAAGAGGUGCAGCACAAGAGCCAUUACUUCAGGGGACCAAUCAGCAGCAGCAGGCAGGCGAUCUUGAGGAGAACAGCCCCCACCCAGUGAAGCCCCUGACGACUGCCAUGCUGACUGAGGAGAAGCGGACGGAGAGCCGGUCUGUGCUGGAGAAGCUGAAGUCCACCAUCCAUCCAGGGAGGAGCAGCCAGAUCAGCGAGCAGGAGAUGGAGAGGAAGAAGUCUCUGACAGAAGGCGCGGGCUCGUACUACCACCUGACCCACAGCGAACUGGUCGCCCUGCUGGUGCAGCGGGAGGCGGAGCUGGAGAGGCAGAAGGCCGAAUAUGAGCGUCAGAAAAUCCUGCUGGCUAAACGCGAGGUGGAGCUGAAGAAGCUGAAGCCGCAGGUCAGAGAUCUGGAGGACUACAUAGACACGUUGCUGGUGCGAAUCAUGGAGCAGAAACCUACUCUCCUGCAAGUGCGCUCCAAGCUAAAGUGACGAACGGAGGAGGAAGGGUUUGCAGUUCAGUCCGCAUCUGUUCACUCUAACCUCCACAACAGCUCUUUAGUCUUUUCACUGCUAUGCUGUCCUUUUUGAUACAAAUAUCUAGGCACUGAGAGAUGUCGAGGAGAGGGUUCCAGCCGGCAUGCUUUACUGUGCUGCGACGCGUCCUCGUCGAUAGGUUCGGUUUCUGAAUGUAGCGGGUCCUCAGGUUGUUUUCAGGUUCACACAGACGGUUGGUUUUUAGUUCACAGAGGAGUGAAACCCACAUGCUUCCACUUUGGGAUCCUGAUUGUAGAAAAAUGAUUCCUCCUUUUCACCUCACCUGUCACUUCUAUCACCUUAUCACAAAAAAAGAGAGAAAUGGUGGAGUCGAUCCAUAAAACAUGCACUUUUCUGAAAGUGUUGCCAUCUACUAGGAGGAGCGCUAACACGUUUAGGGGGCACUGUUUAUGCCUGUCUCAGUACAAAUUACCUUCUUUAAAUCUGUUUUCAUCUGCCACAGCAUAACAUGAGAAUUGAAGAUUUUAUACCUUCAAGGCAGCCUUUGGUUUCACCUCAGUUCACUGCAGAAUGAAACUCAUCGUGCAGAUACUUGAAACUGGAUCCAAACAGCCGUUGAUCAUUGUGAAUAUUUGCAUGCUUUUGUUUCAGUUUCAUAGUGGUGUUAUGGAAGGAGGAAUGCAGAGACCAUGCACUGCAAAAAGGCACAUUAUCCAAGAUGUAUAUUCAGCUGGCAGAAAGUGGGUCUUUGACAAGAUAGAGGGGCCCUCUGCCAUGUGUUGUUUUAUUUUUCAUUGAAUUUAAAGGCUAUUCAUUCAGCUAAUAUAAUGAUCGUCUGGUCUACUAAACAUCUGGAAGCUGUCACAAAAAUUUGACUCCUCAGAUUGACUGUUUAGUCCAACAAAAGUUUCAAAAUCCAGAAUUCCUUGGUGCGCUAUAUUGUAGGAAAUAAAGCAGCUGCAAAGUCUCUGGAAAACUGGAAAGCAAUGCAGUAGUUGGAACAACAGAUGCAUAACCAAAAGAGGCCUUAAUCUGAUUACUUUCAAAGUGAUUUAAUCUGAAAUUUAAAGCAAGAAAAAAAAUAUAAAUUUGUGCAUCUUGUUGUUUCAGCAGAAGCUCUCAGGCUUCAGAUUUCCGAGCAUCAAAGAUCUGCCCAAAAGGAAGUUUUCAAAAGAUUCCAAUCUCAGAACGGCUGCAUUACACACCUCUAACACAUCCCCGACACCAUUAUAAAUAAACAAACACUGCUCACUGCAGUGAAACUCAAGUAUGCUUCAAGUUUCUACAAGUGUGUUUUCAUGGUUCAUGGAGCAGGUCGACUUUUCUGGAAGCACCUUUAUUUGUUUAGCUUUGCAGAGUGGUAUAAGCAGAUAAAUAACACUUUAAAGCCUGAAAUAUAAAUAUUGAAAUGGGGUUUGGAAGCAUUAAGCCUGGCAUAAAGCUGUAAAAGACUACCAUGGCUCAAUCUAAAGCCCUUGUAGUAAUAAUACAGAUGAUUUUACAGGAAAAGAGGACAGCCAUGGGUCAUUUUAGUGCUAUGAAUGUGUGUUUUGGGUUGACAGCAGCUAAGUACAGCAACUUCCUGGAGUCUUGGUUAACCCCAUGCAUCUCAUCCCAUUGUACUAAAGUGAAGCCAAAACACCCUCCAUUUGACAUUUACAUUGAUAGCCAGAGAUGGCCAGUAGACUUGGCUGUAGUUUUAACUUGCCCCCUCUUUUCCUAACUGAAAUAGAAAUGCUAAUCUGGUCCACACAGCGCUUCAGGAGCCUCUUUUGUCAUUAGAGCUGUCAACCAUGCAGGUAUUCCUCUUUCUAUGCCCCCCUUUACAGCACACAUUAAAUAAUUAAAAUCAAGCUUAUCUAAAAAGUGAACACUGGCAUAAAUCAACAUUAUAAGAACUUACUAUAAAGACAGAAAGGUGAGGUGUGUUUUGAUUUUAUUGUUUGGCCCAGGUUCUAUCUGGAGUCGAAGCUCUUGGUCUUUACUGCAGGCAUAGGCAUGACCUUAAAACAAUGUGCUCACGACUGGUGCAGUAUGCAUUAAAUCAUUCUUUUUUCCUUUGUUUUAUAAUAUUAACAAUGUGCCAGUCCAACUUAACUCUUGGGCAGUUUAAUUUUGGACUCUGUACAGCCUUACCAGGACCUCACCGUAAUAGACCACAGGUUCCACAAUUAGGCCGCUAUUUUUUUAAAUCGCAAUUAAUCAUGAUUUAUUGUCGCUUUCAACACACUUGGGUUAAGCCACGCCAGUGUGUCCCUGCAGCCACAGUGAUGUAAAAUAAGUCCAGCACUGCUCCUUAAUGUCUCAUUUCACUUUAAAAAAAACAGACAGCCACAGUUGACAAGUCAGAAGUCAUCUAAACCAUGUGUUAGCAAACAUUUGCUGUCCCCUUCCGCUUCAAUCAAUAACAAGUUUCUUUCUCUGUAGUUCAGUUCAUAUCAUAAUCUUAGAUCUGCCUGUGUAAGCAAGCCUGUAUCCCAACAGGAAGUCAUUUACCUUCAGUGUUAGACAGUAGAAAAAAUCCAAAAUGACACAGUAACAGUUUAAGAUGCAUUUUAAAUGUAAUAAAAUAGGUGUAAUUAACUACAGAAAUUAUGGAAUUAAUUGCAGUUAAAAAUGUUGAUCUUUGUACAGCCCUGCUGGAAAUGAAAGGACAAGAAAAGGAGGUGCAUGUGACACAAAAAUGUACUGUUAACAAAAAUGAGGGGCCUAGUCAUUUCUGCGGAUGGGUUUUUUUUGGGUUAAUUUGCUUAACCUGCUGCUGCAACCCAGCCCAAGAUGAACAGAAAAAUAGAGAUGUCACUGAAUGCAGCUGUUAGCUAAGAAAGUUGCACAUAAACCAACCACAACAAUGCAUCUAAGUGCUUAUACGUGUAUGCCAGGGUUGGUUAUAAACUUUUUGCCUACCUGCCACUGUGGCUUUGACAAUCUACCAGCAAGCCAGCCAAUUUAUUUUAACAGUCAAUAUAAUGUAAUAUAAUUCAGUGGUUCUUGACUGGUUGAGUCACGGGACUCCCCAUCAACUCCUCAAGGAGAAUUGUGACCUAAAUUUUUGAGAUUUUUUUUAAUUAGAUGUAUCUAAUAAAAGACAGUAGAGCUUGGACCUAAGACAGCAGUUUUUUUCCAAGGGACACAUCUGUGAGCAACUGAAAAGGGCGUUUCACAGCCCACUUUUGGGUCCCGGCCCAUGAGUUGAGAACCACUGAUAUAAUGUAGAAUGCAAAGCUUUUAGUUGUCAAGGUUAAAGGCUAUUCAAUAAAGUGAAAGGUUUCUAUGGCAUAUUCCUACAUAAUAAGCAUGCAACUUGCAAAACUUAAACAUUUUGUGCACAAUCCCUGCAACCUCACAUCAGAAUUCAGGCCUUGUUUAGAUAUCUGCAACACUACUCUGAGUCAAACCAUUGGAGCUCACAGCUGACUGUAAACAUUUGGCACAGGGAAGAGAAGGCAGGGCUCUUUGGUUGGUGAGCGAGUCGCUCUGCUCAGUUCUUAUCGUGAAGUCUGCAGGAAUAAGCAGAAAACCAGGACUCAGUUUCUGCCGUUUACUGUCACAAGAUCAUUCUCAUAUGCUACUUUUAUUUACCUUCUCCAGAUGCAGAUAGGUUGACCAAAUUCUCCUGACGCUGCUCAAAAAUACCUGCAUGGCUGGUGGCAGGUGCUUUCCCACCCUAAAAUACAUGGAUAUUUACCAAUUAUCAUAGUGCAGACAGGCUAACCAUAUUCAUGUUUCCAGUCGUAAUGCUAAACUGGAUUAAGACUCCUAUUUAGCUGAGAGGUUUGACGGUGUUUCGAUGGAUAAUAGACCAUGCUUUGACUUGAAUUAUCUGUACCAGUGGCUGCUUCGAACUUGAGAAAACAUCUGAGAAAAUCCUUGGGUAUUAGAGGGAAAAUAUCUGAUUUAAUUGGCAACACCUUUGCAGAUUGUGCAUGUUCUGGAUUGACUCCACAAAUGUUCCCCUCUGAAUAUCGAGUGCUCUGACUAGUUAUUUAAACUACAAACCAAAUGAACAGUGUGAGAGUUCAGCCUCGUCACGUGCACAUCACUGGGAACUGAUUGUAGCUUCUGAAUGUUCAAAAGUGUUCUUAGCCAGCAAGUGAAUGGUUUAUUUUCUACGAUCGAUGAUGACUGCUGUUUAUCUUUUGCUUGUUCCUUCCUUUUUUCCUCCCUCGUCCCCUUUUCCUUUUCUUCUUUCUGUUUCUAUGGGCAUGUCUUGAAAUUACCCAUGAUGCUCAGCCUAAUAAGCUAACUGAUACUUGUGUGGGUCACGGUGUUAAUCAGGUGAAGACAGUUAUCACUCAGUAUCAAGAUCAGUGCAUCACAGCUUCUCUGAUCUCAUGCUUCUGCCUUCCCCUGUGCGUUUGUUAUCAACACGACUCCGGCGUGGAGAAAAAUGCCUGCGACAUGCCGGUACUUGACUCCCCCUCUCCCUCAGUGUUCGUGUGUCACAUCCGCUUCUGCUCGAGCACGCAUAUCGCUACUGCUUUCAGGUGUUACAAAGGGAUAUAUACCGCGUUUUACAGCAUAUAUGCCGUAUUGAAAUGCCAAACGCUGCCUUAUUUUUGUUUGUUUUAGAAAAAUCUAGCACUUCAUUUGACUUGUCAAGGCUCAAGGCAGGUUUUGAGAAAGAAAAGCCAUCUAUUCACUUUCUUACAUUUCUUUUCUAUAUUGUUUAAAUCACUGCACAAGAAUAAAGUGUAUGCAUACCAAUAGAAAACGAGCAGUCAUGCCAAAAAAGAAGCCUUGAAACUUAAUCUAAGGAGCAGAUGGAUGCACCAUAAAGUAUUCUGAUAUGAAGCCACUUUUAACAGCAUUCGUGGAUGUUCUUGCACUACUUAACCGUCAGAACAUAGCCCUACUGUACCUGUUUGUCGAUAGCGGUAUAGUUAGAUCUACUUUACACCGUACUGCACUUUCUAAUCGCUCUGUGAUUUAAGCACUUGGCCUCCUUCGACACCACAACAGUGAUUCUCCAGUGAGCUUGAAGCAUACAAGAAAAAAAAAACAUCCCAAAAACAAUCGUGUCAUCUCAGUUCUGCUGAUCGCAAUACAAAGUGCAUAGAUGACCGUAGAGACAUAAUUUCAAUGUGACUCGGCACUUACAAGAGUAAAUAAAUGUCCUCUUCCAUGUCUUCCAUUUUGAAGGUUUAUUUUUAUUUAAGUUUAAACCAAUUGUGUUUUGUCCUCGAUUGUGUAGCCGGUGGAAUGUGCUUAAGGUAGUAUGUAAGAUUGGAAAGUUUACAAUUCGUGAUGCAAUUCUGUUUCACAAAUUUUGUAUAUUUAAUAAAGAAUAUUUUGUGUUUCUUG